AUGGAUGCGAUUCUCACAACGGUGGGGAAUCUCCUUCCCUACCACCUACUUUCAUAUGGUGCCUUGCUAGGGACCGAGCUGUACCAGAGCUUCGUCAACACAAAGCUUUGUUACCGCCACCUACCCAUGCGCGAAUUCCUCGGCCUCAACAAGCGCAUCUUCCCAGUCUACUUUACCUGUCAGAUUGGAUUAGCUGCACUCACAGCCGCGACGCGCCCGCCAUACAGUAUCGUCUCCUUCGCGACAGAUCUGUGGAGUGCUGCACCGCUGGUUAUCAUACUAGCAAUGGGGUCCUUGAAUUAUUUUGUAUAUGGGCCUAAGACAACGACUGUUUCUUUUGUUCGACGGGCUUUGCACGAAAGUGAGAAUCAUUCAGCCGUGGAUGAUCAAAAGAUUCAGCGGGCUAAUAAGGAUUUCAAACGCAAUCAUGCUAUGACUAUUCAUCUUAAUGCUAUUGCGUUAGUUGCGACCGUGUGGUAUGGAUUUUCGCUGUCGCAUGCAAUCAUUACUGGGUUCUAA